GCCAGGUAAACCUCAUUUUUAAAUAUAUUUGACCUGACUCGGAUAAGGUCAAGUCUUUACAAUUAUCUGACCUGACCUGGCUCAUCGAACACGCUGUUCCAAAUGGCUUCACUCGAGUGCAAUAAUGAGGCGAUUACUGGGCUUUCCUUAGCUUGGGCAGGCUGUAUGCUUUUCUUUCAUGCCCAUAGAGAUAAUGAGGAUAUCUCUUUCUACCGUCACAUAGACCGUCGCCAAAGGAGUGUAGUUUGGACGUACUUACCUUUCGACGAUGGUGAAUUCAUUGAGACUAUAUGGUGGGGCGCCGAUAUAUUUGCUUCGUUUUGCAGCAUAGUGGUCAGCACAAAUAGGGGUCGAGUGAUGACAAUGGGACCUCAUCUGAAUCCUUGGCGGCCUCCGGCUGUUUGGUCACGAGUAUUCGCAGCAUCAGGGGGACCAGAUCGAAUAUACUGGGAUUAUUCGCAAUGGGGAAGUAGGAAAUUGGCUACGACUUCACCCGCCGACCAAACACCUGGGCCAUCCAUCUCUCAUAUAUCUCCACGUCCGUACACUUCCGGGCCAAUUUUAUACAGUUCUGCUUCCUUGCAGGAUAUUAUCGGAAUCAUACCUUGCCAAAAGAGACAUAAGGCUCAUCUAUCAAUAACUGGUCUUCUCAUCUGUUAUCCUAAUAAUUGCCAGGCUUGUGUUGGAGAGGUUCGACUAGAUAGUCUUUGCACGACUAUAAAAGUCGCAGAUUUUCCUGCGUUAUAUCUAGGGUUUACUUAUGCAGAACAUAAGUUCCCGUACCUAGCAAGGAUCGAGCUACUCCCUCCGAAAGACAUGGAGACCUAUGAAUGGCUCGAGUUAGGUUGGCAAGGAACGCUCGAGUGGUGGUAUGAAUCAAGGCAGUGUAAGAUUUGGUACAACGAUAAAGAGAGUCCAGCGACUCAUAUGUAACAUGUUUUAUAAUUUUUUUGAGAAAUUGCAAAGUUAACAUCAUUCCCAGCACGCGGUUCAUUCCGCAAUGGCCCUAUACGACUAAACGAAUUACCUAAAUAGCCGGUGCUCUUUGGCUUGAUCUAUAUAUCAUUGACCCGAGUAGGUAUUCUUAAUGCCUUCCUUGUAGCUGUCACAUUGUUAUGAUUG